UCAGUGAGAAGUGAGCGCUGCACAGCGAGUGUGUCAACGCGUGUCAGGUCGUGUGUGCGGCAACGGCAGCGCGCCGGGGCCGGGCGCGAGCGUGCGCGAGUGACUGUGUGUGUGUGUGUGUGACUGUGUGGGUGUGGCAGCGCAGAGGAGUACCGUCACCGCUGGACCCGCGGGGAGGAGGCGGCCGACGCACCGCAUGACAACAACGAUGCCGUGAUGGAGGCGCCCCGCCCGCGGGGCCCGGACCCGGAGGGGGACGCGGAGGGUGGUCCCGACGAGCGCCAGCACGUCCCCGAUGACGCCGCCGUCUGACACCGCCAUGCCGCGCCCCAGCCGCGACUCGUACGGCGACCAGAAGCCGCCCUACUCGUACAUCUCGCUGACGGCCAUGGCCAUCUGGAGCUCGCCGGACAAGAUGCUGCCGCUGAGCGAGAUCUACCGCUUCAUCACCACCCGCUUCCCGUACUACCGCCGGAACACGCAGCGCUGGCAGAACUCGCUGCGGCACAACCUCAGCUUCAACGACUGCUUCAUCAAGGUGCCGCGCAGGCCAGACCGGCCGGGCAAAGGCGCCUACUGGACGCUGCACCCCAAGGCCCUGGACAUGUUCGAGAACGGCAGCUUCCUGCGGCGGCGCAAGCGCUUCAAGCUGCCCAAGGUGGACAAGGACGCCCUGGAGCGGGAGCUGGCGUCGCUGCAGCAGCAGCGGCCCCUCAGCCCCGCGCCCGUGCACGCCCCGGCAAUGUCGCCGCGCCCACCGCGACCCGCCUGCUCGCCCGACCUGGGCGUCAACCUGCGGCUGGGCGCCAGCCCGCACACCAGCCCGCUCACCGAGCCCAGGAAGAACUCUUUCAGCAUCGACAGGAUCAUCGGCGAGCCCGCCACCGCGCCGGCCACGCCGCACCCGGCCGCGGACAGGGCCGCCUUCGAGCACCCGCUGCUGGCCGCGGGCGCGGGGCGCGUCCCCUUCUGCCCGCCGCCUCACCUGGGCCCGCCCCUGUUCCACCCGCACCUGUUCAGCGCGUCACCGCCGCCCGGCUACUUGGUGCACCCCGCGGCCGCCGCCAUCUACGCCGCCGCCCUGGCCACCGCCGGGCUGCUCCUGCCGCCGCAGCAGGGCCACUUCGACGACAAGCACGGCCUGCAGGGCCUGCAGAGCCUCCACCAGGGCCUCCAGGGCCUGCACCCGGGCCUCAGCCUGGGCCGCGGCCUCGGACUCGUCAAGCCCCACCCGCUGCUGCCCUUCUCGUUCGGGCCGCUCCGCGCCGCGCCGCCCACCCUCAUGCCGCGCGUGCAGGAGCUGCCCGACCUGCCCGAGCCCGCGGCCCGCGAGGACACUCCCCACGUGGACGUGGUGGACGAGUCCUCGUGCUCGUCCUAGGCGGGGGCACGGCAUGGCCGGCAGGCUGGCUGGCGGGGCGUCGCCUGAGCGCGGCCCAUUGGCCGCCGCGCACCGCGUCGGACGGCCGACCAGGCGAUAGCGAUAAAUGCAUUGCAAACAUGACAAGCAAAUAACGACCACCCAUGGUCGUUGGCGACACACAUUUUCAGACCAUAAAUUUGUCGGCCGCACAUCAGCCAUGUCGCGUGCGUCUCCUCUCCUCGCACGCAGUGUUGCCACAUCAAAACGUAUUCGGAAUGGGCAUUACCAACACGACAUUACCAACGUGUCAUUUGGGAAUCAAUAAAAAUAAUUCACUUUCAACUUUUACUCCAUCGCUGGCGACUCUCUGCAAGUGCAGCAGAUGCUGCCGCGCACCUGUCUGCAGUUUAUGUGUCGGACUAUGUCUGAAAUACUGACGCUGCCAAGUUGGUUACUUGUUGCUUUCUUAACGUAUCCCCGAUCAGAUAGACUGAAUAUCUCCCUGUGUGCAUUCGAUACACGUCAAAUUGUCAACAACAGACAGUUAUACGAAUUCUGAUAAAUAUUUUGCUAUGUUUUCUUCGUUGCCUAUUAAAUUCCACCUCUUGCGCUAUCAACGCCAUUAUGAAAAGCUAUAUGCUACUACUUCGACAGGGGUUGCUCGCUCGCUCGUUCGCCCCUCCCCAGCCCCCUGAGGGAUUCGCCUCAGUCCUGCGGUCUAUAUCGACCGGGGCCCAGCCUUGGCCCGUGGGUCGUCCACUCUCGCCAUAGCUUUGAAUUUGAAUUUAAUUCAGGGGAAACUGUGCCUUUUUUAUGACGACUUUCAUCCUACACAAUGGAUCUCCACUCCCGCUAUUUCCCUGGCAUCUCUUUAGACGUCGUGUCACGAGAGUCGUGGCGGGGCGUGGAGGUGGCGGAGUGAAGUGGCUGGCAGCCGCUAGAUGAGCAUUUAUCAAGGGCUUUUGAGUUUCACGGAACGUUGCCCGGCUCGCCUCCAGCUUGUCAGCGGCGAAGGAGGAACUCAAUUUCAGGCAUGGUUUGUCCCGUGGCGCCUCAAACAGGAAGGUAACGCCAGGUGUGUGCGGAGAGUGCGCCACUCCAAUUUGAAAGAUUAAGAAAUCAUCGUUUAAAUAGAAACUGGUCUAAAGUUACAGAAUUGUCCAAACUUCUGAAUAAUUUUUUAAAGUUAUUAUGUGCCGCAUGAGGUCUCAGGCCAAAAAAUAAUUGUUCUCACCUAAGAUUUCUUUGCCGGACUCCAGGCAAAGAGUUUCGGUAGGGGUUUGAUAGUUCCUCAAUCUGUAUACGAUAAAAACGUUCCCCGGAUGGGUAAUAUGUUCCUUUGUGUUUUAUCAUAAUACAUUUUUCCUAUUCCAUUUUACAUUAUAGCGUGGAAGAUUUGUUCAAGGAAAUGUUAUACCAAAUUAUACUUUAGUUUUGUGAAAGUUGUAAUGUAAUUAAUGUAUACCAUAUUACGCUGAUUGAUCAAAAAUUCAAUUAUCUGUAAAACAGAACUUGUAUUUAAAUAAUGUCGAUAUAAGGCGUCGGCUAAUUAAUAAUUAAGCUUUUGUGAUAACCUGUAAAAUUGCAUGUGCGAAAAAGUGCAUAUGGCAGGAGUGCCGGUAAAAGUACUCCUUAGCGAUUGAAAUCAUGUCAUUGCGUAAUUGAUUGGAACAAGUGCUUUGUGACCCUAAUAUUAUACGCGAUGAAAUCUUCCUAUUGUACCAUGUUACCUGAUAAUGGACUUGUAAGAUGCUAAUUUCAGUGAGGCUGUAUUUGUUUUUGUUGUGAUUUCUUGUUUGUAUUUAUUAUUUUAACCAGACUGGGUUGUCUGGGUGUUUGUCUCGGUCAUGGACUGCGAAAUAAAAAUCUAAGCAGAAAG